CUCCUCCUUUUUCUUCUUUUGUUUUUUGUUCCUUAGAUUAGACCCAAACCGAAGAAAAGAGACAGAAGAGAAUCAGGGAACAAAGCUGCACUCACGGCUCGGUCCGCUUGGCCACGUAACCGCACCACUCGACCACUCCCCGGUCAACGUGCGCCGUUAAAUUGCAUUCGACAGCGCAAAGAAUGAGACUGUAUCGACGCCACCUGUCUCUGGCGCUUCCGAUCCGAUCACCAAAACCCUAGCUAGCUCUCUACUAAUUCUUGAGAGAGAGAGAGAGAGAGUGAUAAAAAUAAUCAAAUUUCGAUGCUUUGAGAGGAAAUUCUAGAAAGAUCAAGCUCAAUUCUUAGAGAGAGAAAAUAGAAUUGUAGAGAGAGAGGGAGAGCGAUCAAAGGAUGCAGGGUGGGAGUCCUCCGAAGCACAGGCAUGAUGGGACUUCGCCACUGCCUCUGGGGAUGGAUUGGAGUCCUCCUCCGAGAAAAUGGAAAGGUCGUGACACAGUGUGGCCGCAUGAUCCUCGGUCAGGAUGGAGUUACUGUGUCACAAUACCUACCUGGGUUGUCCGUCCAAAAUCGAGAGAUUCAGAUCCCAUAGUGUUUUACAGGGUUCAUGUUGGUGUACAAUCACCUGAAGGGAUUACAACACCACGUGUCGUAUUAAGAAGGUUUAAUGAUUUUUUGAAGUUGUACUCUGUGCUUAAAAAGGCAUUUCCCAAGAAAAAUCUACCACCAGCUCCAUCGAAGGGACUAUUGAGAAUGAAAAGCCGGGCGCUGUUAGAUGAGCGAAGGUGCUCUUUGGAGGAGUGGAUGACAAAGCUGCUGUCUGACAUUGAUAUAUCAAGAAGCAUUGCAGUGGCAUCCUUUCUCGAACUAGAAGCUGCUGCUAGGUUUUCAUUCCAAGAUGUUAAUCAGCAAGAAGUUAGUCCUGCUUCCAAUAGUACAGUUUCUUCAUUUGAAUUGCCACCUCAUUCAAGCUUACCUGUUGCUGGUAGUUCAUCAAUCACAACGGAUUAUGGUAGUGAUACAGCUUAUGAGACAUCUGAGCUAGGAACACCAAGGCUAGGAAGGGAUGACAAUUCUGAAAUUGGUUUUGAGGAUCUAACAUUGGAUGAAGAUUUGACAGGUCCAAUAGAAAAGCUUCUGAAGUAUGGCAUGUCCGAUAUUGAUGAGGGACUUUUUAUGGGCCAGACUAUUCUGGAGGAGUUGGAGGGCCUUCCUAGACAUAAAAUGAAUGACAGGCAUCUCAACAAUGUUAUAGGAAAGGAUAAACAUAAUGCAAAUGCUUCUAAAGCUUCAUUUUUAGUUGGCAAUGGGAUGGAACUUUUCUCGGGGCCAGAGCAUGGUAAGGUAACUGGUCAUGCUCGCAAGCUGUCAAAUGAGAGUUUUGGAAGUGAUGUAAGCUCUCUGAGAGGUAGUGAAAUGUCUAACUCUGGGAUUCCAAAUUCAUCUGGUGACGGAUCUCUUGACCUUCCUGGAGGUGCUGAGGGCUCACGUCUGACAGAAAUUCUUGGCAACACAGACUUUCAGUUUUCAGGAGACGCUCAAGUAGUUCUUCCAUCGGAUCAGCGCCAUAAAUUGAACAGGGUUCUAUUCACAAUGCAGAGAAGAUUAGUCACGGCAAAGACAGACAUGGAGGACCUUAUAGCAAGACUAAAUCAAGAAAUAGCUGUGAAAGAUUACCUUGCAACCAAGGUCAAGGAUUUGGAAGGUGAAGUAGAAACUAACAAACAGAAAAGUAAAGAAAAUCUGCAGCAAGCUCUUUUGAUCGAGAGGGAAAGAUUUACACAAAUGCAGUGGGAUAUGGAGGAACUUCGGCGAAAGUCAAUGGAAAUGGAGUUGAAAUUGAAGUCUGAACAGGAUGAAGAGUCACGUACAGAGUCGGGAAAAGAAAAUACUGUUCAAGAGAAAGAAGAUCUGCUGCUGCAGGAGUUGGAUGCUAGUAAAGAGCAACUUGAAAAUUUAUUGAAGCGAUAUGAAGAGCUAGAAGCAAAAUCGAAAGCGGAUAUCAAAGUUCUUGUUAGAGAGGUUAAAUCCCUCCGAAGUUCCCAAACAGAAUUGAAGCACGAGCUUAGUCGAAUGCAGAAGGAAAAGUCUGAAGCUGAGAAACUCAUUCAGCACGAAAGACAAAUGAGAGAGCAUGAAAAAACUGCGAGGAAAAAGCUGCUGGAUGAAUGCAAUAUUCUUCGCAAUCGGCUUCAAGAGUACCAUAUCAAUUUAACUACGGGGGAUGAACAUGACUUGGUUGUGGAUUCUUCAUCACUAGCCAAUGCUUUAGAUCUGUUAACAACAUCUGAUGACCAUAUUGGCCUCCUACUUGCAGAGGCACAACUCUUAACUGGAAAAAAUGAAACUACUGUUUCCGGAGUCGAUGAAAUUCAUGGCAUCAAUGAUGAGACAAGGACAAUAGAUGAUGAGUUGAGGAAGAUGCUGGCGGAUAUCUUCAUUGAUAAUGCUAGAUUAAGAAAACAGGUGAUUUCUGUUAUGCGUCAUGCUCUUAAACUGGAUAUCAUGUCUAAGAAGGAAGAUGAGGCUCUUUCAGGACAAAAUGUAGUAAAUACACCUUUAGAGAGAUGAAAUGGAUAUAAACAUUGUAAAUUAUAUUCCCCCUUUUUGAGCUAUGAUUUCCAUUCUGGCCGAUGAUGAUCUGCUGUUUUAUAUAGUUGGUCUCACUAAUGUAACAGUUACUCAAUUUUGUGGUUCCACAUACAAGUCUUAUGAAAAACGGACUAGAAGAA